AUGUCAUACAAAAUUUGGACAACUAACUUGAUGAUUAAGCUUGGUAAGUUAACGCACUAUUCAAUUGAUCUCGUCCUUAUAUCGAUAAUCCUCGCUGGGAUCCAUCGAAAUACUGGUUUACAGUUUGAUGUUUCACAUUUUAGCAGCAUAGAUUUUCGUCGCUGGUUUGGCAACUACUUAUCUUUUGGCGAAACAUGUUAUGAUUACGUGGUCAGUUUUUUAAAAAUGACUGGUUAUUUCAAGCAAAGAAACUUGAUCUUGGAUAAAUUACAAAAUGAAGGUGCAGAGUUUAUCAAGAGACAGACUGGAAGAGAUAUUAAUGAUUUUAAGCAAAACGAAAAUUGA